UUUGAUUGCUUGUUUUUAUUUUAUUUAGAAUAAGCUAUUUUAAGGUACAACUUUUCAUUAUAGUAUACAAGUUAUUCUCCUGAUACUGUAAUGGGGGAAAUGUAAGAUCAUAGUUUUCUGUGACCUAACUUUUCCCAAAUAAUACUGUACACUCAGCAGAGGUUUUCAUUUGGAUAACAAACUUUUUUUUUAUAGCAGACAUAUUUUAGGAACAUGCAUCUUUGUUACCUUAUACACUUUCAUUGUGUUCAUUAUACAACACAGUUCCGUAUGUCACCUAAUGUUACCACACAACCAUUCUGUGUAGAGCUAAUGGGAUUAUUUUAAAAUGGUUCUUUAAAUCGUUUUCUCUGGCUUUAAUAUGAUGAGCAAAAUGUUUAAGGUUACAAGCACUUUUCAACUAUGUGUGCCAAAUAUGUUUGAUUUAUUUCAAAUUCAACAAAUGACUGCCAUUGAAAUGUCUCCUCACUCUCUGGCUUUCUCUGUCUCUAACUCCUGCACAAGAGUCACAACGUGGACUUCAGGUGUCCUGAUUUAUCAGAAUGGAGAAAAAAUGUGCAUCUAAUUAUUUUCAGAACAGCUUCCAAUAUCAUAUUCUACAACCAAUGUACUUAUAUUAACAUUUAAAUGAAAGAAUAACAGAAUAGUAAAACCUGCGAUUUAUAUAUAUGUUUUCUUAUAUAACAGGCCUAAUUGUUCAGAAUUGCUCUAUCAUAGACUACAAUUAUUUCAUAUCGACCAUUUCCGAAAGCCUAACCUUGACAAGCAGGCGUGUUUGAUAAAAGGCUGCGAAGACGCUAUGAGAUUGAUUGAUGUGCGCUCUAACCAUCGACUGGCUAUUCCUGGUGAAUGACAAACUGUUAAGCCAAUUGGUGGAAAGAUCAUUUAUAUUCCCAUAGUAUCUUGAAUUUACGAAACGAUAAAAAAACGUCAAGCCUAUGGACAUGGAGAAAGGCAGCUCGGGCAUAAAGCUAUAGGCCUACAAAUCAAGUGAGGUGACUGAACCUCAGUUUUCAUUCGGGUAUCAGGAUUUGGAACUAGAAUCCACAGAGAGCAAACAUGUGAGUCGUGACCGAAGCAAGCAAUGACAUUGUUAUAGCUUCGAUACUGCCACUAUUCGGCAUGAAAAUAAACGGCAAUGUUUUUGACGUUGUUUCGCGGGGAUUAUGCUACUAUUCUCGGUUUUGAAAGGGAGAGAGCCAGGCAUCACAGCGUGGCACUAGAGAAACCGGAGGUUAAUCACGUUUUCAGCACCUAGACAGCUCCUUGUGGAAGAGGAGGUCUAUAUUCGGCAGCAAGGAGUCCCUUCGAUCGCGGGGGAAGCCCUCAACCCUCACUAGCAAAUUUGGAGCGGUGUAGCCAACACAACACACACAACGUUCCGACCUUUCUUCCUCCACUCUCCAGUGAUGCUAUUAGCUGGUUAUUUGGUGGUCAGUCAUGGGCACUUAAUAUAAUCUUGCUGAACGACGAUGGUGCUUGCAUUUCGGCUCCAGUCUUUUCGUUUUGCACAGGAAUCUAAGCAGCAGCAGCAGCAGGGGUGCUUGUCCAAUGUAAAAGUGCUAAGGAAGGCAGCAGCCUACACAUCGCCACGAGCUUGGAGCACGAGCCCCACUCACGCUGAUCAUCACAGAGGGAGACAUUAUCACGAGCACGCGGCCAACAGGAGGCUCGAUUAGACUGUCAACAAUGUAAAUCAAGACAGGUUCAACAUGAGUCCAGCAGAGUCUAUCUGGUGUGGUGAACUCAGAAGCUAAGCGAGGCAUAGUCUGACUAAGAACUGAGUGAAGAUCAUAGCCUCCUCCUCUUCCUCUCUCCAUCACCAUCCACCAACAUGGCUAACCCUCAUGACGUAGUGGAGCAGCAGGCUGGAGGUCUAUCAGACCUGGAGAUCAUCUCCCAGCCAGACCCAGUGGAGGAACAUGGUGUGCAGGAGAUGAACCCAUCCUGCAUGGCUCCUGUCCAGCUGGUCAGCUUCAGCUACAGGGACCUUCCUCUGGCCCACCUGGACUUCUCCCUGGCCGGAUCACAGCUCCUCUCUAACCUGGAUGAGGACGACAACAGGGAAGGGUCUAACUGGUUGAAGCCGUGCUGUGGUCGGAGGGUAGCCCUGUGGCAGGUGUGUCUGCUCAGUGCAGGCUUCAACUGUUUCCUGGUGGCGCUGGUCAUCCUGGUGGUGGUCUUCUUGACCCUGGAACUCCUCAUAGACACCAAGCAUCUACAAUUUGCCAAUGCUAUUCAAUUUGCUAGCGUCAUCCAUUGGAUCAGCCUCGCCAUCCUUUCACUCUUCUUCACUGAGACUGUCUUCAGGAUUGUUGUCCUUGGGAUUUGGGACUACAUUGAGAACAAAGUAGAGGUGUUUGACGGGGCAGUCAUCGUGUUGUCCCUGGCCCCUAUGGUAGCCUCCACGGUAGCCAAUGGCCCCAGCAGCCCCUGGGACGCCAUCAGCCUCAUCAUCACCCUGCGCAUCUGGAGGGUCAAGAGAAUCAUCGACGCCUAUGUGUUGCAGGUGAAGGUGGAGAUGGAGCUGGAGAUCCUGCAGUGUGAGAAGAUCAAGGCUGUCAGGGAGGAGCAGCUGGAACGACUCACACAGAUCUGCCAGGAACAGGCAUUUGAGAUCAGACAGCUCCGGGCCCACCUGGCCCAGCAGGACUUGGACCUGGCUGCAGAGCAGGAGGCUGCUAUGCAGAUCCACCAUGUGUGGGGCAAACAGAGGAGCAGCUACCAGGUGGUGGAGGGCCAGGGCCCUGGGGAGUCUGACGACGAGGGACAUGGAGUCCUCAGGGAGACCCCAGCAGAUCCUGUUGUCCAUCAUGACGACAUGAACAACUAUAUCAGCCAGUACUACAGUGAACCAAGUAGUGACAUGGAGGGUCCUCGUGUCAUCACCAUGGCAGCCAUCGAUGUCCACCUCCCUAAGACCCAUUACCCCGCCCACAACAACCCUCUGCUGGGCGUGGAGCAAAUGAGCAGUGCUGUGAGUGACACCUCCACCAGCGUAUCACGGUCCAGCAGCAGUCUGACGGCCCGCCCCCAUAGCCUGAGCAGCCACACCCUGUGCUCGUCUACUACGGACUGCAGCAGCAGCACCACGGCCAGGGACUACCACACCCAGGCUAGGAACUACAAUUCCCAUACCAAGGCCCGGGGGCCUUAUCUGGACUACAAGUCCCAGAAGCAGACCCAGGAUAGGCAGCACUACAACACCCAGGGCCAGUGCUGCUUCCCCCUGCCCUACUGCAGCCCUCUGGGCCUGGGUCUGACCUCAGCCCAGCCUCCCCUUCCACGGGACCCCAGCGUGGUAGUCCAGGAGCUGCUCUCGUCCCUGUCUGAGGACUCCUGUCUGGCCCAGAAAGGCCUGGUGGACCCAGUUAACCUGAAGCUUCCCAGCCCUGCCAGCUCAGCCAAGGCCAGCCCAGAGCUGGAGCACAGAAUCAACAUCUACAACUGGAAGAAUCAGGAGGAGAACCAGUGCCGGGGCCAGAGACAGGGCCGAGCCGCAGCCACUGUGCUCCUACAGACUAAGCCUCUCAUCCACCUGCAGGGCGGCGCUCCUGAGUCCUCUUUGGAGGAGAAGUAUAGGCUACUGGGCCCUGUUGAUGGUCCACUGGGCCGUCUGCCUGAUACAUAGGGUUGAUUCACACUACUGAGCUGAGCCAAGCCGAACCGAGCUGCAUUGUGCUGGCCUGGUUAUGCAUCCACCAUAGUUGUUUGAACCGUGCUGGAAAGGACAUGUGAAAAGAAUAUGUCAGAGCCAGCACUGUUCGGCUCGUGUCGGCACAACAGUGUGAAAAGGGCAAUAGUUCAUCCCAGAGGACAGAGCAUACAGCUCAAGACAGAACUGACUGACCUGGCUUCUCCAAAUCCUCAUGCUUCAAACAAAGUCAGAGCCUGGUCCAAGAUCAAACCUGGCGUUACAAAGACCAUCUGUUAGCAAGACAGCACAAAUAGAUCUGGGACUAGGCAACCGCUGUCAUGUUAUUCUUCCCUUCUCUGUGGGGCUCCAGACAGAGACAGACAGACAGACACAGCCCUCCUCGACCUCAAUCUUGUGGUGACUUUGAAUAAUGCCCCAUUUGCACAACAAUGACCCAGUGAGGACAGAGGAGACACGUGUGGGCCUAGAAAGAAGCAUCAUCAGGAAAUCUCACUUUAAAUGGGGCCCCAAAUGUGAAACAAAACAGUUUGAAAUAAAACCAGCAAUGGGCCAUAUUCAAGCCUUUACAGAACAAGCCUAUUCAAGUGUUCCUAUGUUAACUACAAGACAGAUUUGACAUGGGAUUUCUCUAAGUUGGGUGGGAGUGGGUGGUGUUUUUGCUUUCUUUUUAUUUGUAUUAGCUACUGUAACUGUGCAGUUCUCUCUGCUCUAACAACCAAGCCACAGGGUGCUUUCUCUGGACAAACUGUCUGUGCCAAAUAAACAGACAAUUCUUACUAUACUAUUGUCUUUCUAUAACAGAGAUAGAGGUUUGUAUUGAAGUAGAGGAACAUUAACCAUAUCAAGCCUGACAUUUUCUAGCCAGAUACAAGAACAGGCAAUUGAAGAAAUGAUGGAGGAAUUAAAAGUAUGAGGAUAGGUAGUGAAUGGCCCAAAAUGAUCCCAAGAGGUACAGUAUAGGAAAAGUAUGUGAAUCUGAUUAUGAGCAGUGAUAGGGGAUUGAUGUUUUAGAUUGGAGUGCUGGUAGCAUGAACCUUUCUUUAAACGAUCUGCAGCCUGAACAUGGCAAGCCAAUCCUGUGCACUUUAAUCUUUACAGAUGUUUUGUAAACUUAAUAUGAGGGGAACUCAUUGCCAAAUUGCAGGUGGUGCCAUUCAAAUAAUAAAUAAACCUUUGUAACAUUAA